AAAGAGAAAAUAAAAAAGAUAAUUCAUUUGAAUCUUGGCACUGCUAGAAAGAAUAAAAAAUUUCUCAAGAUUUUUCCCCAUAAAUAUUUUGGGAUGAAACUAAAACUACCGCUAUGAAUCUUUCAACUUCAGCUUCCCUUUCAUCCACGUCAUCGUCAUCGUCAUCGUCUUCUUGGCUCUCCGGCAUUGUCCGAGGCCGUUCCGGCAGUCUCAAGAUGGCUAAUAAUUCUUCCGCCCCGGCGGCCGCAGGCGGAGACGGUGGUGGACCAAUUAACAAGAAAAAUCAGCUGGUGGGUGUCAUGUUCAAGUACGGUCCUAAGUCUAUUCAGGUUGCAUUCAAAACAGGUGAUUAUAAACAGCAAGUGAUUUUUAUUGGGGGACUGACAGAUGGAUUUUUGGCUACCCAGUACAUGGAGCCUUUGGCAAGUGCCUUGGAGAAGGAGAAGUGGUCACUAGUUCAGUUCCUGAUGUCAUCCUCAUAUAGCGGUUAUGGCACAUCAAGUCUGAAGCAAGAUGCUAUGGAGCUGGAUCAAUUGAUAAAUUACUUAAUAAACAAGGAAGACUCUGAGGGUGUUGUACUGCUUGGACAUAGUACAGGCUGUCAGGACAUUGUGCAUUACAUGCGGACAAAUACUGCAUGCUCCAGAGCAGUCCGUGCUGCCAUUUUGCAGGCACCAGUUAGUGAUCGGGAGUACAAUGCUACGCUCCCCGAAACUGCUUCAAUGAUUGAUUUGGCUUCAAAAAUGAUAAGUGAAGGCCGAGGGUCAGAGCUAAUGCCCAGGGAAGCAAAUCCAGAUGUCCCUAUGACCACCUAUAGAUAUCAUUCGCUUUGUGCAUAUAAUGGUGAUGAUGACUUGUUUAGUUCCGACUUAAGUGAGGACCAGCUGAGGCAGAGACUUGGACACAUGUCCCACACACCUUGUCAGAUCAUAUUUUCCAUGGCUGAUGAAUAUGUACCAGAGUAUGUUGACAAGAAAGCGCUUGUUGAGAGAUUAUGCAGAGCAAUGGGUGGUGCAGAAAAGGUUGAAAUUGAAUGGGGAAACCAUGCCCUGUCCAACCGAGUUCAGGAAGCUGUCCAGGCAAUAAUAAACUUUGUCAAAAGAGAGGGACCCAAGGGAUGGGAUGACCCAUGGAGUUAAAUAUCAAAUUUUUUUUCCUUUUUUUUUUUUGAAUUGCUAUGUCAUUGAAUUCAGGCAAUGGUGGUCCUCCUUCUUUAAUUUGUUUGAUUUUUUUAUAGGUACGGAACGGCAUCUAUAGCAAAGCUAGUACAUUAGUAUAGUUUCUUUUCUUCUGGAAGAAUUUAUAGUUUCAAUGGAAAGUUCAAAGACUUGUAUUUCUGACAUAAUUGUGGCAGGAAUGAAGUGAAGGAUUAUCUGUUGUUCCGCA